UUUGAUUGUAAAGUGUGAAAAUGGCGACGUCUGCAAUUGCAAUUUGCUGUUAUGUUUAUAUGUUGACAGAUGUAUUGUACACGUAUUAGUUUGAUUACACUGCAGUAAUAGUUAGUGCUUGUUCAGAAUAGUUUCUCUUCACAGACAUCAUGGAAGAGACUACUUUUUUAAUUCUUCUGUCAUUAGUUAUGCUUAUUGGAAGUUAUUUUGCUGGAUCAAUUCCAUUGGUUAUGAGCCUCUCGGAAGCCAAACUACAACUGGUCUCAGUGUUUGGUGCUGGGCUGCUGGUGGGGACCGCUCUAGCUGUCAUCAUUCCAGAGGGAAUACGGUCUCUGUUCUCUUCAACUCAUCCUCACUCACACGCCACCACAGGGGAGUCGAUGACAGUUAUAGAAAUGCCGUCAGAAGAACCUGACCUCCACUCCCUCAUCGGUUUCUCACUGGUUGCUGGCUUUGUACUGAUGCUGCUCAUCGACCAGUGUUCUUCCUAUCAUUCGAGAGAAGUUCAUAAUGGGAAAUCAAAUCCAGAUCCUGAUGGCAAUAAACCUUUGCUAAAUACAAGUAAUGUGGAGGUGGGUGGUGAGCGAUUACGAGGCAGUGUGACUGCCACCGUGGGUCUAGUGGUCCAUGCGGCAGUGGAUGGGGUGGCACUGGGUGCCGCGGCAACUACCACCCAGACUGAUGUGGAGAUGAUAGUCUUCAUAGCAAUCAUGCUUCACAAGGCACCUGCAGCUUUUGGGUUGGUUACAUUUCUGAUGCACGAAGGCAUUGAUCGCAAACGCAUCAGACGCCACUUGCUGAUCUUCUCUCUGGCAGCUCCUCUUCUCGCCCUAAUCACUUAUUUUGGAAUUGGCCAGGAAGGGAAGGAGACACUGUCAUCAGUCAACGCUACUGGUAUCGCGAUGCUGUUCAGUGCCGGGACGUUCCUCUACGUGGCAACGGUGCAUGUCUUGCCAGAGUUGACGUCUAGGGCAGGUGGCAGUUUCAAGCCCAAACAGCUGAUGGUACUGGUGCUGGGAACAAUGUUGCCUCUUGUAUUGACUCAAGGACAUCACCACUAGCCAACACAUCGGUACAACAGUCCUAGCUCGAUAUAACACAACUGAUUUUUUGACGUUGUUAUGUUUUCCUAGUACUUCUUCAAAUGAUCAUGUUCGGUGGUAACUCAUUAGUUUCUAUAAGCAAUGGUUUUGUCUUUUGUCUAAAAAUUGUAUCUGGUCUGUAAAUUGAUCAGUCUUGUAUGUUUCUCUAAUUAGUUUUACUCAUGAGUUAUCAGCAAAUCUAUAAAUGUUAAUAUGGUA